CGCUGCAGCAGGACAACGCUGAGCCCGGCCGAGGAGGUGAACGGCACACGGCGGCGCACAUCUGCUCCAUCCCGGCGUUCAUCGAGUUCCGGCGGCCAUGCAGUUCCUGCAGCAGCUCGGGCCUCUGGCCUUCGGAAAAGUGACCUUUGUUGUCUUCAUCCUGACCUCCACCGUCUCAGUGGCUUCCCUGCACGUUGACACGGACAAGGGGAGGAGGAAGGUGGUGCACGUGCUCGAGGACGACACCGGGGCGGUGAUCGUGCAGACGGCGCCCGGUAAAGUGGUGACGCACCGCGGCGGCUCCAUCACUCUGCCCUGCAGGUUCCACCACGAGCCGGAGAACACCGACCCCGACCGCGUUCGGAUCAAAUGGACCAAAGUGACCCAUGCGCUGCAGUUCCAGGACGUCUUUGUGGCACUUGGAAGGCAGCAGCGCGUCUUCGGAUCGUACAAAGGCCGCGUGUUUCUGGAGCAGGCCGGACCAGGUGACGCCUCGGUGGUCAUCCAGAAUGUCACGCUGGAGGACUACGGGCGCUUCGAGUGUGAGGUCACUAACGACAUGGAGGACGACACGGGAUUCGUCAACCUCGACCUAGAAGGAGUGGUGUUUCCUUACUACCCUCGGGAGGGGCGCUACAAGCUCAACUACCACCAGGGGGAGGACGCCUGCAAACAGCAGGAUGCCAUUCUGGCCUCGCACUCUCAGCUGCACAAGGCCUGGCUGGAGGGACUCGACUGGUGUAACGCCGGGUGGCUGGAGGACGGCUCGGUCCAGUACCCCAUCUCUCACCCCAGAGACCAGUGCGGCCGCAAGGAAAACCCCGCCGGCGUUCGUAACUAUGGCUACCGGCACAAGGAGGAUGAGCGCUACGACGCCUUCUGCUUCACCUCCAAGCUCAACGGCAAAGUGUACUUCCUGAAACGCUUCAAGAAGGUGAACUACGCGGAGGCGACGAAGGCCUGCGCCCGAGACGGCUCGGCGGCGGCCAAGGUGGGUCAGCUGUACGCCGCGUGGAGGUUCCAGCUCCUGGACCGCUGCGAGGCCGGCUGGUUGGAGGACGGCAGCGUCCGGUACCCCGUGGUCAACCCCCGCUCGCGCUGCGGGGGCUCCCAGCCGGGCGUCCGACACCUGGGCUUCCCCGAUAAAAAAUUCCGCCUCUACGGCGUCUACUGCUUCCGCGGGAACGAGGAGGAGCCAGCAGGGGGCAGCGAGGCGACGACGGCGGCGAACACCACUCGGACGAGGAGGAAGAGCGGCGACGGCGGCGUGCCCGGGAACGCCACCAAGGGGAUUUGAAAACAGGGGUGGAGGAGGGGGGGUUUUGGGAGAGGGUGGGUGGUAGUAGGUCACCUGCCUUCUCUCCACGUCCUGAUUGGUCGACUGUCAGAAAAUAAAGGCGUCCUUUUCCCAAAGGGUUGCAUGUAAUAAACAAAAGAAGCCAAGGCGGCAUCUUUGUAACCUCCGGUCAUCAGAGCAGCUCCAUCAACACGUCAGAUCCGGAGAGUCAGCCCGGGAAGUCCUUGUUUACGUGCGACGAUGCGUCG